CGAGAGAGCGACGCCCCCUCCUCUCUUCUAUAAUCGAGAGUCGAGCUCUACUAUCUGCACUUCUGCAAUUAUGCCCGUUUGGUGUUGGUGGUUGUUGUCGGUGAACGCAGACCUCAGCCUCAGCUUCCCCCACAGGUUGUCGGCGUGUGCAGAGCAGCAGCAGCGGCAGGAGGAGCAGGACGAGCAGGAGGAGGAGGAGGAGGAGGAAGAGGAGGCGGGCUGCCUUGUUUACCAAAAAUGACUCGCCAUGGCUGUAGCUUUGACUCAUACGCGGCUCCGCGAGCGCGAGCGGACGCCACGAGCAGCCGCAGCUGAGAGGAGCGAGGCGCCGACCGUCUGAAUGAGAGUCUCGAGUGGGCUCGGGUGGCCAUGGACCCAUUCAGCCAGCUCAUCCUCACCAUCUCGGUGACCAGCUUCUUCACCUUUCAGUGGCUCUUCCACAAAGUCAGCCCCUGGGUGUCCGAACGCAUCAGCCAGGGCUUCCCGGGCCUCACCGACAAGCAGAAGGUGGAAUGGAACUCCAGGACGGUGUCGACGUUUCACGCACUGCUGGUGGGAAUAUUCUGUCUCUCCAUCUUAUUUUUUGACGACGCCGUCAACGAAGACCCAGUCUGGGGGGAUCCUACACUGGUGAAGACUAAUGUUGCCAUCACAACAGGCUACCUCAUAUCUGAUCUGCUGCUAAUAUUUUACUAUUGGAAGGCGAUAGGCGACAAGUUUUUUGUAGUUCACCAUCUGGCAGCAUUGUAUGCUUACUACUAUGUACUGGGCCAAGGAAUGUUGCCUUACUUUGCUAACUUCCGCCUGCUUGCUGAGUUUUCUACACCAUGUGUGAACCAGCGCUGGUUCUUUGAGGUACUAGGUUACCCCAAGUCCUCCCGGCCCAACAUGGCCAACGGCGUCGCCAUGGCCGUCGUCUUCUUCAUGGUCCGCAUCGCCGUCAUGCCGGUCUACUACGGUCGCAUGUAUGCAGUGUACGGUACCGAGGCCUUCUACCUGGUGCCCUGGGGCGGCCGCGUCGCCUGGAUCUGCUCCAGCAUCUGCCUGGACGUCAUGAACAUCAUGUGGAUGCACAAGAUCGCCCGCGGCUGCUACAGGGUGCUGCGCUCGGGCCGGCACAGCAAAGCUGGAGUACCUCAGGAGAACGGGAAGACGGAUUAAGGGAAGCGGGGCGUCGGCGGUGCGAUCAAGGACGAAACGACGACGACGCUCUCAGCGCGGCGCCGAGGAGCUGUUUGGACCCUGUCACGUCGGGCCGCGUCGCCAGCGGCUAAAACCGGGACUUAACGUUUCAGGAAUGUAAUGAGGAAAGCCGAGGUUUUCUCUGGAGAGCGGGCGCAGUCGCUGAGACGUACCGAUGGACGAUUGAACUGACCAUCUCAAAGCCAUGAAACGACCUCCUAGCAAUACUCUGUAUGCAUGGCCAGUUUUUUUUUUUCUGUCUUGAACUCUUUACCACCGCGGAGUGGUCAUGCUGGGACAGCGGACUAUAAGCCCACCCACAAAUUGUCAAAAAGUUUACCAAUCUUUACGUAGUGAUCAACGAAAGACUUCUUUUUCUUUUCUUUCCUUUUUUUUUUUUUUUUUUAAUCAAUACAGCUGCCUAAAGUCAUGGAGUCAGACCCAGUGAAACAUAAAAGUUCAUGUCAGUUAUCAAGCAAAGCCAACAUGCAGCAACGCCACCAUGAUGGUCAGUGCCAUAGAAUCAUUGCCAAGAUGCUCGCGGGAAGGAGUGAGGCGCAAUCAGAUUGCACCGAGUGCAACGGCAGAAAAGAAUAACCGUGAAGUUUGUUUCUCCCUGUUAUCAUUGAGUUCAGAGGACGAGCGGAGAAGCCAGCCUUUCAGGACUUCAAUCUUAGAGCAUUUCACGUCCUCUUCGCAUUUGCACAAUUGUUUUUAGAUAAAAUUGAGUUAAACAGACAUUAGUCCACUGCAGUUGUUUUUUUUUUUUUUUUUUAGACAUUGUCAUGUGACUUUUUUUCAAGAAAAAGUGAUCCUGAUCUAAGGAAGCCUGUAGAAAUGCUCCAUGGGAAGCAGAAAGUCCAUAGCUGUGUACACUGAAGUCUGAAGUCGUUUGAACUGUUGACGCAACAUCCGAUAAGUCAACCGCACUGCGUGCGCGACAGUCCGCUGCUGAUAUUGAAUGUAGUCAGCAUCACAUUUAACGCUGUGCAAUGCCUGCCGGGCUGAAGUCAGUGUCAUAGGAAGAAGAAAACCAAUGAAAAUUCUUUUCUAAAAAAGUUCGGUGGAAGAUGUUAGCAGGAUUCUGACACUCUUCUGGUUUCUUUUUCUUUUUUUUGAUCUGACCUUUGUUUCAUAGUCAGACAUCCUAUUUAUAUGUUUGUGUCGAUUUUAGCCCUUGGCAAUAUUUGCCAACAAGUUGCAUGCUGCACUGUGUUUUUAAUUGAGAGGUUGGGUUUUCUGGCUGGUGAAUAACUUUCUGCACACAAUGUCAGCAGUUGUUUCUGCAGAUUUUAUUUGGAUGUAAAACCAAGGACAAUAAUCAGUGUUUUUUUUAGGUAAGUUCUAUAUGUGUCAGAAAUACUUUAUGGUUGUUUCUGAGGAUUGUGAUGCAGAUAGUUUUUUUUUGUCUCAUGUCACGUAUGAUUUCUGGUAAAACCAUAUUUAUUGAUGGCAUCCAUACAGGAUUGUAUUUUCAAGUGGCUAAAUUUGAAAACGUUGAAUCGAUUCAUUCAUCAUUUUGCUCUCUGGAGUUUUAUGAUAAUCACUACAUAAUAAGAACACAGGAAAGAUUGAGCUCAGUUUCCUUCAGGCAAACGUUCGGAUAUGAGUUAAAAGUUACAGUCCACAGAUAGUUAUGGCGCGUACUUGAAUAUUCGUUGUAGGUGUGACUUUUUUCACCAGCUGUACAUCAACCGCUUCUGUCAGUUGCUUUGUGACUCAAACGGGGAUUGUAAGUAUGCCUUGCUAUGCCUAGCAUUUAAUUUUCAUUGCCUUUU